AUAUACAGCAGCAAAAACAAAGAGUUCAUCCAAUUAUGGCUCUAGUUCCGGUUCCCAUAAUCUUCAUAUUGAGUCUGCUUCUCCUUCGGCUUCUCCUUACAUUUGUUCGUAAAGCAUGGUGGACUCCAAUCACUAUUCAGAAAAUGAUGAAAUCCCAAGGAAUCAAAGGACUCCCUUAUGAAUUCCCUCAUGGAAACACUCGGGUUAUCGCUGCAAUGAGAAGCCAGUCCAUGAACGACCCCAUGGAUAACAUGUCACACGAUAUCUUUCCACGAAUUCAGCCGCACGUCUACUCUUGGAUCAAGACCUAUGGGUUGAAUUUUAUAAACUGGCAUGGUCCGGAUGCACAGCUUUUCGUUACUGAUCCGGAGCUUGUAAAAGAAGUUCUAAACAACCGAGAAGGAGCUUAUCCAAAGAUGGAUAUGGUAGGGUAUGCAAAGAAGCUUUUAGGCGAAUCGCUUAUAACAAACGAAGGUGAAAAAUGGGCAAAGGUUCGAAAACUAGCCAACCAUACUUUCCAUGCGGAAAGUUUGAAGAAAAUGAUUCCUGAGAUGAGUAGAAGCAUCGAGACGAUGCUGGAGAAGUGGAAGGACUUUGAAGGCCAAGAAAUCGACGUGCAUAAAGAGUUCGGGUUGGUGACAACUGAGGUGAUAUCAAGAACGGCUUUUGGUAGCAGUUACGUCGAAGGGAAGCAUAUAUUUGAGAUGGUGGCGAGAUUAACAGCGAUAACCGUUAGAAACGUGUACAAGUUACGGUUUCCAGGCAUCAGUUUGAUAAUGAAGACAAAAGAUGAAACUGAAGCGGAGAAGCUUGAAAACGCGAUAAAAACGUCGAUUCUAGACAUUGUGAAGAAAAGAAAGGAGAAUAUGGAUGAAGGGGUUGAUGAGAAUGGAAGUGAUUACCUUGGACAGCUUGUGAAAAUGGCUAACGAUUCUAACGAAAGCAAGAGGAUCACAGUGGAACAAAUGAUCGAUGAACUCAAAACCAUAUAUGGGGCGGGACAUCUCACGACCACAAGCUUACUUUCGUGGACGGUUUUCCUUCUAGCGAUUAAUCAAGAAUGGCAAGACAAGUUAAGGGAAGAAGUAGUCGGGUUAUUUGGUCAGAAAAUCCCGACUUCAGAUGGCAUCGCAAGAUUAAAAAUGAUGAACAUGGUGAUCCAUGAGUCACUCAGGCUAUACCCCCCUGUGCUUACGGUUACAAGAAAAGUGGAGAGGGAUAUCAAACUGGGAAACCUUAAUCUUCCAGCGGGAUUGAAUAUUUUCAUCUCGAUUCUUGCACUUCAUCACAAUUCCGAGAUUUGGGGCAAGGAUGUUCAUUGUUUUAGACCAGAAAGAUUCGCAAAUGGGGUCGCUAAAGCUACCAAGAACAAUGCUGCCGCUUUUGUACCUUUUGGGAUGGGACCACGAACUUGUGUUGGCUUGAAUUUCACUACAAAUGAAGCAAAGAUUGCGCUUUCGAUGAUCUUGCAGCGUUACAAGUUCACCCUUUCAGAUAAUCAUGUUCAUUACCCGGCUGAUGUGUACAUCCUUACUCCUAAAAAUGGUGUUCAAGUGAUCCUUCAACUUAUUUAAAAAAUGAUUAGUAGUUCUUGCGUGUUAAUAUCGUUAUGUUGUAAGAUGUAAUCCUGUUGAAUUGUUGAUAUUAAAUGAUUAAUAAGAACUUGUGUGAAGGAUUGGUGUUGAA